UACUUUUUUUUUGCUAUGGCGAUUACGGAACUUAUUUUCCCCAAGCUAAAGCUUGACCAGGCCCUGCUCAAAACGUUUGCCGAGACACUCCCAGCCGCCGCAAAAGAAACAUUCUCAGGCAUUCCGGGCUUAACAAGUUACUACAGGGGAAAAGUCAUUGAAGCACGGAAUGUUUCACAGGCAACAGACCUUGAUCACAGUGGUUUAACUAUGGUUUUAGAAUGGGACAAAAUAUCGUCAUUCAAUACAUUCUGGGCCUCGGAAGGAUUUGCAGCAUUUCGAUCGGUAAUGAAACCGUUUAUGCUUAGCCCAGUCUCUCCAGAAUUAUAUUACUCCGAAAUUGCAGACUCUGGCAACACGACUGCCUGCAGAUACACACAAUAUAUUAAAGUGGAUGGCGGACACAGCGAGAAUAAAAGUGUAGAGAGUUCAUGGGAGAAGUUGACUCAGGAGAUUGGAAUUGAUACCAAGUCUUUCCAUGCUUGGGGUAUCCAGGAAAGUGAUGGCGCAUUUAUGGGAAUGAAUGGCUGGAGUAGUCUUGAGGAUUCUGAUCAUGACCUCUUCAGUCGUCUAGAUCGGAUUGAAGGGCUUUUGCUAGAAGCAAAGUCUCAUCGUUCCGCUGCAACCAAAUCUCACCUCGCUGAUCAGCCGUAUGCUCCCCUAGAUUACCAAUUUCCAACCUUAUCUAGCCGUUUGGCGGAGAAUCAACUUUGUGGAGAGACUGAAAACUCGGAUGUCGUUGUCUUCGGCUUUGACCUUCACUGUCUCUCAAGUUUUCGCACCAAGGAGUUCCACCAAGCGCUUCUGCCCCUCCGUGUCAACGAUUUUGAGGAGAGCUUGGAACAGGAGCUCAAAGAGGACCUGUUCCAAAAAACCCUUGAUACGGCCCUCACGUUACUUAUCUUGGCCCUCGGAUCCAUGUCAACAGACAGCCAAAAUAUGUCAUAUGAUCCAGCGACCACUCCGGGGCUUGAUUACUUCCGCGCCGCCUGCCAGAUUGUUGACGGCGACCGGAAGUCCAACUACACAUUACAACAUGUCCAAUGCCAUAUCCUUAUGAGUGUCUAUUUCCAGAGCUGCCUCCUACCAAUUCAGGCCUUUGAAUCGAUCAGGGUGGCUUCCGAAAAGAUCGUUCUACUUCUCCAAAUGCGUAAGCGCAUCGCCUCUGAUAGGUCCGACAGCGAGGAGCCUGGCUUCUACGGAUUUCUGGCUUGCAUUGCAUUGUGUCGAAUUGUUGCCAGAGCCCGAAACGGCAUCUCUUGGAAUAGGGUUAUGCUUAAAGAACCUGUCAUCGUUCGCGAAAUCAUUCUGCAAUUGUCUAAAUGGUACGCUACCUUGCCUCCACCUAUCAAAUUCCCUCUGCUGGACCUUUGCCAAGCCGGUGUUUUCUCCAAUGGUACACUUCUUGACACACAACAAGCCCAACUUCGUGCAAAGUUCUUUUCUACUCAUGCUCUUUUGCACUGGCCAAACGUUGUACUUUUGCUGGAAAUACAAUCUCCUACCACGCGACAGGCUGAUGAUCAAGUCAACCACGAUUCAUCGCACAUCCUAAACGGCGCAGCUAAGGCCCUCGAGUUCGCCACCAUGUCCAUUUACGCGUUUGAGUCUUUAUAUUCGAACCCCAACCUUCUUAUGGAAUCAAAUGGUGGUACCUUUUACGCUAUUAUGAUACUUCUACUAUCCGUUUAUAGAGGUUAUAUUUAUUAUCAAGAGGGUCAGUAAAGCUGCAAUAGCUAGGUCAGAGGAAGGCUACGCCCCAGCCCUUGGGCUAUCCGUUUAUAAUGACCCAUCACUGAAGAUGGUGCAGCAUCUAAGAACGAUGGAGGCUCUAUGUUCAGGUUGGCAUCUCUUGAGGUAUUAGCCUGAUAAGCCAGCAGCUAAGAGUGGCCGGGAGAAGGUGGAACGACUGUUUAGAGAAAAGGGAAUCAGGCUACCUACCUAACAUAGGAAUGCGGAGAACAUAGAGCUUGCUAGAGAACUUCAGAAUGUGUUGGAACUUGAUGUUCCUGGCUAGACUCGUGAUGAAUAAAUUGCCCUAGCUGUUCGUG